AUGGUCUCAACGCGUUCAACGAAAAGGCGCUCCCGCAGCCCGGCUGCGAAGACGACCGAUAGCCGUCCGGCCAAAAUCCGCCGAAAGCAGAAACACGCCGUAAGGAAACCGAAGAAAUCAUUCCAAGGUGUUGAGGUCAUCCUCCUAGAUAUAGAGGGCACCAUAUGCCCAAUCACCUUCGUGAAAGACACUCUGUUCCCAUACGCCCUCAAAGCCCUCCCUGAUGUCCUAGCAUCGAAGUGGGAUGACCCGACUUUCAUAUCCUACCGUGACGCUUUCCCGGAGUCAGCCACCUCAUCGCCUGAAGCAUUUGAAGCCCACGUCAAAGACCUCACCGAGAGAGAUGUAAAGAUUGCUUACCUGAAGAACUUACAAGGCUAUCUGUGGGAAAAUGGAUAUCAGACGCAUGUCUACUCGACGCCCGUUUACCCUGACGUGCUGACAGCUCUUGAAACUUGGCAUUCCUCUCCCACAUCCGGCAGCGGCAACGGCCCCGGCAAAGAGAUAACUAUUUACAGUAGCGGGUCUAUUUUCGCACAAAAGCUUCUGUUUCAACACAUCAAAGACCCCUCUUCGCCAAACGAUCCCAAGGCCAUCUUUGACCGGCGGGACAUCAUUAAAGCGUGGUUUGAUACGACAAAUGCGGGUCUCAAACAAGAGGCUAGCAGCUACGAAAAGAUCGCGGCAGAGCUCGGCCGAGAUCCGAAGGAGAUUUUGUUCUUGAGUGACAAUGUGAACGAGGUGCGCGCGGCGACCAAAGCGGGCAUGAAGGCGGCAGUGGUAGACAGGCCAGGAAACGCGCCGCUCUCUGAUGCGGAGAGAGCCGAAUUUGAAGUGGUGGAGAGCUUUGAGCAGAUUGAGCUGUGA